AUGAGUACGAUAUUAAAUUCAAUGCAUAAAUAUCAACCAAGAUUUCAUUUGGUACGAGCAAAUGACAUCCUUAAAUUACCAUAUUCAACAUUUAGAACAUAUGUAUUUAAAGAAACUGAAUUUAUAGCUGUAACUGCAUAUCAAAAUGAAAAAAUUACUCAAUUAAAAAUAGAUAAUAAUCCAUUUGCAAAAGGAUUUCGAGAUACUGGUGCUGGUAAACGUGAAAAGAAGCAAGCCCUAAUGGCACAACGUGGUGAUUCAGAUAAACUGAAUCCAUCACAUAUAAGUAGUUCAAGGGGUCCAUCAAUGUUAGGUCAUCAUUCAUCACGUCAUCAUGAUGAUGAUGAUGAUAAAUUAUUAGAUGUUGUUGGUCCACCACAAAGCCCAUUGUUGCCUUUAAGUCAUUCAUUACAACAAAUGCAUGCGCAUCCACAUUCGGGUUUAGCAGCAUGGUUUAAUCAUUUAGCGGGCGGUAUGGAAGCACAUGUAGCUAAUGAAGAAGCGAUAAGACGUCGUUUACAACAACAAGAUGAAAAUGAACGUGAUGGUAGUGAUUCAAGUUGUUCUGAAAGUGUUGCUGGCAGCACCGGUGGAGCAUUUCGACCAACAUCAAGUGGUAGUCCAAAAGAUGGACCAAAUUCAGCUGGUACAUCAUCAUAUCCGGCACCAAAUAUAUCAGUGGGUCCACCAAUACAUCCACCACCACAUUUAUUGCCUUAUUUAUAUCCUCAUGGUUUAUAUCCAUCACCGCAUCAUUUAUCAUUAUUACAUAAUCCAGCUGCAGCAGCAGCAAUGAAUCCCGGUUUAAAUCCAGGUUUAUUUUUAAAUGCUCAAUUAGCUUUAGCUGCUCAACAUCCAGCAUUAUUUGGACAUUACUCGGGACAUUCACCGGCAGCAGCAGCUGUUGCUGCAUCACCAUUAUCUGGUUUAAAAAAUCAUCGUUUUUCACCAUAUAAUUUACCGGGUAGUUUAGGUUCAGCAUUUGAUGCUGUUACACCAGGUGCUCGCAGUGGUCUCGGUAUUGUUAAUAAUUUAGAUCGUAAUAAUAGUAUAAGUGGUAAUGAUUUAAAUCGUAAUACAUCAUCAGAUGAUAAUAUUAUAAGUGGAGGUGGCGGCAAUACCGGUUGUCUUAGUGGUAUUACAUCAUUAAUAUCACAUCAUUCAGUUGAUAAUGGUCAACGUAGUUUAAGUUCUAGUCCAACAAAUAUACGUGCCUCAUCAAAUUCCCCACCAAAUAAUAGAUCAUCAUAUUUAAAUUUAACAUCAUCACCACCAUUGUCAAUUACAAAUAAUAAUAAUAAUAAUAAUUUAACAACAAAUAAUAAUAAUAAUAAUAAUGGUAAUUUAAAACAUCAUCAACAUCAUCAAUCAUCAAGACAAUCAACAACACCAAAUUCACCAUCAAAUUUAAAAAGUAUUGAAAAAAUGGUUAAUGGACUUGAUGUACAACAUAAUGGUAAUAGUAAUAGUGGUCCAAUUAUUGUUGAUGAUAUUAUACAUAAAAAUUUAAUAAAAACAAAUGAUGAUGAUCAGUGACAAUCAAUACAUACAAUUGAUGAUAGUAGUAACAGUAAUAACAGCAAUAGUUAUAAUAGUAAUGAUAAUAUUAGUAAUAUAACAGAUGAAAAUAUUAUAAAUUUAGAUAAUU